AUGUCUGCCUCAGAAAAGAAACACAGAAUCAAACACGAGUCUCGAAGCCAACCUCAGGACGGUCACGUUGGUGCUAAAGAGUUCGAACAUGCCAUCGAAGGGCAGAGAUCCGGAAACGCGACUCAGGCCUCGCCCAACAAGUGCCUUUGGAAGGACUGUCGUCUUUCUCCACCUAUGGAGCGGUACCUGGAUGAAUCCGGACCGCUGUAUUGCAAGAUCCACCAACAGAAGGACAGAUACAAAGAACCUGAAAACACCGAAGCAAAGACCUGCAAUGCCACCGAGACGCUGGAGGACACAUUGGAGUCUUCUUGA